CAUAUGUGGUUGCUUGGUAUUGGUUGGAUGAUAAAUAUCCUUGCCUUGUCUCCAAAUACUCAGUAUGCAACUUAUCUUGUGUUUAAGAUGAUUGAUGCCGAAGGAUUUCAGAACUGUCCUCUGGAGUUAUCAGUUGGUGUUGGAGGUAGCCAUAAUAGUACUGAAAUUGUCUGUUAUGAUCCAAAUGUGGAAGGUAGGCUACACAACAGAGUAUCGCAACGUCGUGAUGGGUGGUUGGAGAUUGAGAUCAGAGAGUUCUUCAAUUCAGGCCAAGAAGAUGAAGUCCUGAUGAAUGUUAAGCAGAGAGAUUAUUGGAAGAAAGAUCUCUUGCUUGCAGGAAUAGAAGUUAGGCCUAAGUAAGACCAGUAAGCUGGAACAUAAAACGAAGAAGGACCGACACUCCAUUCCGCAUUCACUAGUCUGUGAUAGAAUGUGCUUGAGUAACAAUAUUGA